GGAACUGCUUUGUUGACAUAUGGCCGAAAAAAUAAACUUGGCAGGUUUCAGCGCGUUAGGACCAGUAGAACUUCAGAUGUUCAAAAAUGCUUUGAUGGAACUGGAGGAUGACAACGAUGAAGACAUGUACAGUCGACCUGGAGCCCAGUUAUCCGGAAAACAAACGUUUACAAGUCAAGACGGAAGAAGCGUUACUGGAUACCCGGUGCUCGUUGACUUUCGACGUCUUUUGCAAUUAUCUCCCAGCAAUCUGAAUGCAGCUUUUACAGGAGACAGUUCAAUAAUACCUGGUAUAUCUAACAAAGACCUACUGCAUUCAGUGAUAGGACUCUAUGAUGUAUCUCUAUCUGAAAUGACUCCAGAUGUUCUAUAUUCUACAGUCUGUGAAAAAUGGGCCAGAACAAUAGUUAUUGUCAGAGAUGUAAAAGACACCAUCAUCGAUAUGGAAGAGCAUAAAUUGUCUAAAAGUGAUAAAACAGAGAAAAAAGAAACAGAAUGUGAAAUUAAAGAAGAGGAAGACGGCAAAGAUAAAUAUGAAGAAGAAGAAUCUACUCCUAGCAAAUUUGCUGGAGUUUACAGUGAUACAGAAUCUGAGGAAGAGGAAGAGGAAGAAGACGAUGAUGAAGAAGACUUUUCACUUGGUAUCAACUCAUUCAUAAAAGCAGCAUCACAAAGAAGAAAACAAAGAAAAUCCAAAGAUAAGAUAGAAGAAACUGAUUGUGGUGUCGAAAAUAGAAUUCUUGGCUGUGCUACAUAUGAGAAAAAAUACAUUAAACACAAAGAAAGAGUAGUUCAUCUUACAUUGGUCACAGUGAGGAAAAGAUUUAGGAAGUAUGGUUUAGGGAAAUACCUUCUUCAGCAAAUAAUAGACCCUGCUAUAGUAGGCCAGUAUGAUGCAGUCGUUGUACAUGCAGACAAUGCAGCGGUAGAAUUUUUCCAGAAGUAUGGAUUUUCUGAUGAUAUUGUGUUGAACAGUAGAUGGAGUGAUUUAGCAGAACAAUUCACAAAUUGUACAUUAAUGUGCUAUUUACCAGGUUUCUCAGGGCAUUCAUUACUAAAGACAAUCAAAAUACCAGACUUUGAAGUAUUUGAAUUAGAACAAGAGUUUAAUAAAUGGAAAUCAAAAACUACAGAAGUGUACCAGAAUCAAGUGUCCAUAGUAAUGAGGAUGAAACAUGAAAUCAUACAGCUCAAAGCACUGGUUGAUAGGCAGCAAAAAUUGAUUGAAACCCUUCUCAGAGACAAUGAUAGAGUGAAAAAAGAAAGGGCUACAAUAGAGAAAGAAUUCUUGGACUACAGAUUAGGCAGUACUAGUAUUACACACAAGUUUUCACCGACUUUAAUUGAUAGACUUGAUGAUGUAGAGGAUGAAAUCAACACAGAGAUAUUAAUUAAUGAUCUACAAAAACAGGUUGAACUAAUGGAUCUUACUGUAAAAAGAAAGAGGAUCGAAUCUCUACUGGAAACUGAUCCCAUCAAUAGAUCUAAACUGACUACUGUAGAUGAUUGUAAAUACCUUUCAUUUCCACCUGCCAAACAGAGGAAUGCUAAUGAACCUUAUGACCACAUGAAAGAUGCAGCAUUUUUUUAUGAUGUGACAGAAAGGUUUAAAAAAGGGAUGAAAUUGGACCCAGAUUUUAAGACUCGUAAUGUUGAAGUAAAUACAAUUUCAAAGGCAACAUUAACUGACAGAUUUCAGGAAAAGUAUCGGGAUAAGAUCAAGGGUUUACAUGACCCAUCAAUGGUUGCUGAUUUAUACUUUUGUUCAGACAAAAUGGAGAGAGCCCAGGACAUUUUAAAACUGGGAUUUUCAUCCUCAGAUAUUGUAGCUGGAUCGUAUGGUAAAGGCUUAUACUUCUCUAAGUUUCCCUCCAGAGCCUCUCAACAUUCCAAGUCAGGAAAAGUAUUAUUAGUAGAAGUAGGAUUAGGGAAAGUUGAGACUGUAAUGAAGAGAGAUGGACAAAGACAAAAACCUGGGGCUGGUUUUGAUUCUAUUCUGAUUCCUGGUAGAGUUAUACGAGAUACAGGCAAUGGAGAUAGCACAAUGAAUGAAGAAUAUGUUAUAUUUGACCAAAGUCAGGUUAUGCCCCUUUGUCUUAUCAGCAUGACAGAACCGUGAUAUACCAUUCACAAUUAGAACAAUUAGUGCCAUUUUAACAUAUCAAUAACCACCGAUAUGAUGAUAUUGUUUACAUCACAUUGGUCAGAUAUUUUAGGUAUUACAUUCCAGCAGCUCAUUUCACAAGAAAUCUUACGAGAAAAAAUACUCGUUAGUCAUGAACAUUUUAGUAUAACUUACAAUUUUAAUCGUAAGAUAUUUUGUGAAAAGAACACAAGUAUUUUGUUUCUUAUGAUUGGAUAUCCUUAAUUUUGACAGGCCAUCUUUUUUGAGUUUAUGUUACAGAUAUAUUUUGUUUUAAUUUAAGUUUGAACUUUCAAACAUCCAUGGUUAUUUUUCAUUUUUUCAAGACUUUUUAUAACUUUUUUUAUGAAUGAAUGUUAAUGUUUGAUAAGAAAAUAGUUUUCAGGACAAAAGAAAGAUAGACACAACUUGUACAUAGAAACACUACUAAGACAUAAUAAAUUAAAUAUCACAAAAUAUUUCACAGAAAGAAUGGGCAAAAAGCCACACCAACUGGUAAAAAAAACUGAGAUUAAGUCUGUACAAGCAUAUCCUGCUCCACAAGUGACCACCAUCAUGUUGCUCAUGUCCUGAAAAAUGCACAAUUUAUACUCCAUAUGCAUGUACACAUCAAUUCAUACUAUAUUGUACUGUUGUGAACAAGCCCUAUAGCGGCUGUAGUGGAAGAUGCUGUAGCAUUUAAUCAUUUUUUAGUUUCAUUGAAAAUAAUGAUGAAAGAUUAUCAAUAAUAAUUUAUUUGAGGAAAUAUUAUCAAAUUACCAUAAAAAAAUAAUUACAAUUAUUCUUGAUCGAAGUGUAGUGAUAGAUUAUGGACAUUUAUUUUAUAUUAUCUUUUUAAUGCUGAAACAUUUUCAGCAGUCCAUAUAGCUAUAUAUAGGCAGAGUGUUCAUUUUAAAGUUUUUUACUAUCUUUUACAAUAAUGAUCCGUCCAAAACUGUAUUGUGUGAUACCUAUUAAUUAAGUUUUUUUGACAAUCUUGUUUUUAACAUGAACUUUCAGUAUUGUUGAUAAUUUCAGGCUCAUCUCAUGUAAUUUUGGAUUUGAUAACCUGUAUAUUAUUAUUUAUGUUUAAAACACAUAUUUUUGUCCUUUUCUAUGUUUAAUAUAUUUAUUGAAUGUUGCUUAUCUUAAAAUCAUACGAUUUUAUGAAAUUUCCGAGUCAUUAAGAUUUGAGCAUAAAAGUCGUUACACAAUAAAUUUAUUAAUCUAAAAUAAGAAAUAUUAGCUUUUCCAAACUACAGUUUGAAGCUUGACUUUUGUCUUAUGUUUUGUUUUAAUUAUCUGAAAUUGAUUUGCAAGCUGGACAAACCUAUUAUUUUAGGACUGAAAUCAAAGUAAUCUCUACAGUAAAGUAAGAAAAUGGGUUUCACUUAUAUAUAUUAUUAGGUCUAUUAUAUGGUUAUAUAUCAAUUUGAUGUAUAAAAACCUUGAAUUUUUUAGGAAAAAUUACCUUUAAGUCUUGAUAACUGCAUUGUUGGUGUAUGAGUUACGUGUGCAUUUUGCAUUUUGCAAUCAUACAUUUAUUUUAGGUGCAAAUGUUUUUCUCUAUUUUUGAAUCAUCGAAUGUGCUAUAUAAAAUGUUAAAACACAGUGCUAUGAAUGGAAUUUCAUUAUCUUUUUGAAAUGUUUGAAUCAUCAAAACAUUUGUAAAGGUUCAAUUUGUACUAUGUUUUGUUUUAAAAGUAAUGUAUGUCUUGUUUGAAAGUCUUUAUAUUUUUAUUUAUAAGAUAAUAUGAGGUAUCAGAAUGGGGAUUAUGAGCUAAAUACUUGUUUUUUAAGAAUAUGAGAAUGAUGAUAUUAAAAACAGUGGAAGUAUUUAAACAAACUGCAACACCAAAAACAACAAUUCUUAUUAAUAUAACAUAUUAAAAUAGACAUAAUUCUGAAGGUACUAUUGUGACAUAUAGUUGCUAACUUCUAUGUCAUUUGGUCUCUGUCUCUUUGGCAAUCAUACCAAAUCUUAUUUUUAUAUCAAGUGAAAUAGUGAACAAAUUGAAAGUAGAACAAUUAUUUGUGCUAACAUGAGUCUCUAUGUAUGGUAUGUAGUGUAUUUAUAUUUAUUUAUGUGAUGGAAGUGUAUUUUAUAAUAAAUAGAUGUGAAAAUGUG